UUUUGAGAAGAGCUGAACAGUGUGUUCCCCAUUCCUUGGAACAGAGCAAAGUCUGGAGUGAUGAGCACAUGUCAGGGAGGAAGCUGGGAGGCCGCACAAGGAAGACAGUGUAUGAAUCAAUUGGCUGUAGUGGAGGAGGCAAAGAUCCCAAAGAAAUCACAGUGGAGUGGACAAAUCACAAUGAAAAGAAACCCUAUAAGUGCUUGGACUGUGGGAACAGCUUCAGUUACCACUCAUACCUUAUUAAGCACAGGAGAAUACACACGGGGGAGAGACCGUAUAAAUGCCAUGAGUGUGGGAAAAGCUACAUACAGAGCUCAAGUCUUACUACACACCACAGAGUGCACACAGGGGAGAGACCCUAUGCAUGCUUGGACUGUGGGAAAAGCUUCAGUAUGAGUUCACAUCUGAUUAUACAUCAGAGACUACACAGCGGAGAAAGACCCUAUAAAUGCUUGGAUUGUGGGAAAAGCUUCAAUGUGAGAGGGAAUCUUAUUGCACAUCAGAGAGUGCACACAGGAGAGAGACCAUAUGCAUGCCUUGAGUGUGGGAAAAGCUUCAAUCGUAGCUCAAGUCUUAAUAGACAUCGGCGACUGCACAUAGGAGAGAGCCUAGAAGUGCCUUGAGUGUAGGAAAAGGUUCAGUGAUGGAUCAAAACCCAUUACACAUCAGAGAACACACACGGGCGAGAAACCACGUAAAUCCCUGGAUGACGGGGAAAGCUUUAGUUCCAGCUGUUCCUACUUUCCUAAACAUCCGAGAGUCCAUAUGGGACAGAAUUAAUAAAUGCCUGGACAGUGGAAAAAACUUCAUGUAAAGAUCAAAAUCUUGAUUCACGUGACACAAACCACACACUGAAGAGAGCCCAGACCUGCUUGGAUUGUGGGAAAGCCUUCAGUAACUGCAGGAAGAGACACAGUCUGAGUUCUCUGUGACUCCCAAUCCUGCACAUCAGUCUCCAGGAAAUCCACAUGGGGAAGAGCCUUUCAUACCCUCAGCAUAGAAAAUGCUUUACUCGGUGCUAACACUACAUUGGCCAUCAGAGACUGCUCCACACGGGAGUAAAGCUUUCAGUGUCCUGGCUGGGACUGGCCUUAGCAAAACUCCAUUUCCUCAUUCCCACACACACUGGUGGCAUGUGGCUCCCAGGUCUCCUUCGGCCCAUAUCUGGGCAGGAUUCCAGCAGUAGCUGACUUGAAGGUGAUCAGGGACGCUCUGUCUUUUUCUAGUCUAAGUCAAUGGGUCUUAUAGUCUUGGUUGGGACACAAAGUGAGUAGUAACCCCAUUUUAAUGGGGUCACUAGACCAGGCCUACAUCUACACUGGCAUAAAUUUCCGGAAAUGCUUAAAACGGAACAGUCUAC